AUGUCAUUGCUGCAGCGUCGACGUGGAGGGAUGAGUGGUGAGUCAGCCGAUGAAGCCUUGGACCGCAUGAUCGCCCAGACUCAAGAGGAGGGAGAGAGAAGAAGAGCUCUGUCUGCUCCUAGGAGGAUGGAAGGUGGUGUGCGGAGGUUGGAAAUUCAGGCUGGAGCAGAGGGAGAUGGACGAGCUCAAGGUCGAGAAGGUGAGGUGGCGAGGCCUGCUGGUUUGCCACAAGCUUUAGGGCCUGAAGCUCCUCCGGUGGCAGCUCAGCAGGAAUUGCCUGGUGGUGGGAGAUCGACAAUGGUGGUAGGACCGCUUCUUCGGGGUGUGGCGCAAGAUGUGGCUGGUGCGGGGGGUAACCAACUGCAAGCUUUGGGGACACUUUUUCCUGGAGCUCAAGUCCGUUCUUGUGUACCUCAAGGUGGUCCUCCUGGUGUCCUUCCUCUACAAGGUCUUCAUGCUGAACUACAUCAACGCAGUGGUCAGGGGAUCAAUGACCAAGGUGGUGGCUGUCCGAGUGGAGGGCAUGUGGGCGGUGCUAUGUUGGGACCUUUGGCUGAGCCUUUGCCGCCGUUGGUAGCUUUUCAGCUGCCGCAGCAGCAACAGAUGGGAUCAGCCGCGAGUCCACACCCGCCAGUGUUUCAUCCUUCAGGUAGCCAACCAGCUCAGGGAUUAGGAGUGAUGGUGACUCCAGUCCGAGAACCUCGAGACCUGCAGUCAGUACCCAUGGUGAGCCCGGUUCCCAUGCAAAUGGUGAGCCCGGUUCCCAUGCAGGCAUUGGCUGGAGGGGGGAACCCAGCUCCUGUUGGAACAGAUCCAUCGGGAGGGACUCAGAUGAUGAUGGACCCAGCUGCGAUGGCAGUUGAGGAGAUCAGAAAGCGGGUGAUGCGGGAGGCAGAGGAAGCUUUCGCCAAGGAGGUGAGAAGGCUUCAAGGUCAGACCGAGGAAACCCAAUCGUACCAGUCAGCAUCCAGUGGAGCUGGACAGGGACAGGCCGUGGUUGGCCAGGCCUUGGGAACUUCUCAGCCGUUGGGAGGAGUCGGUGGAAUGCCGUCCCCACCUCCAGGGAUUGAUCCGGGAUUCCAAGGAAGGAAUCAAGCUGGGCUAGCUCAGCCGGGACCAUCUCUGACUGAGGCUUUGAGGGCCCUGGAGCUACCAAAGCUUCCCACACCGGGAAGUGAAGGUGCGUCCAUCCAGUUCGGGGAUUGGAUGACUGUGGUGCAUCCACUGAUGAGUGCUCUUUCUGGAAGUGCUGGAGAAUGGUGGAGUCUGACAGUGAAAACUGUGGAACACCACUAUCAGCAGUGGCUGGUUGCCACGCCGCUGGAGAAGCUGCGCAUGAAACCAGGAUCACCAGUGAUCGGUGAAGGCUACGCAAGACUGGAACAGCGGUCAGUAUCUAUGUUGCUAGCUGCUUUGCCAGAAGGUUUGCGACAGGACGUCAUAGCAUCGCGGCGUCUCUCGACGGUCGGGAUUCUGUUCCGUUUGUUUACCACCUUUCAACCUGGUGGUUCGGGUGAAAGGACAGGAUUGAUCAAGUCCAUCAGCGAGGCCAAGGUGCCAGCAGGUUUGGUGGAACUGCUGGGGUCCGUUCGGCAAUGGCGCCGAUCAGUGGGAAGGUCGGAGGAGCUGAGUGUAACAGUGGAUCCUCUGGUUCUGACAGGUGUGUUGUCGAAGUUCGCUGACGGAGCUUCAAAAUUGGGUGGAAGUCAGGUGGCGUUCCGCUUGGCGACCAUGCGCCAACAGCUGGACGUAGAUAGAGCUCCAAGCCUUGGUUCGGUCAAGGAAUGGGCCGAGUACAUCCAAGCUGAGCUGGAAGAGUUGGCUAAUGCGCAGACUGCUGGGAAGGCGACGCCGUCGAAUCCGCCUGCGUUGGCUCCGGUGCUGACGCAGGGGAAUCCGGCUGUCAAGGCCUUCACGGGGGAAGGGCAGAAGCCAUGGGAGAGGCCAGAAGGUGAGAAAGCGCCGUGUCGUUUCUGGGGCACUGACGAAGGGUGUCGCAGGGGUGAGAAGUGCGGUUUCGCACACGCCUGGGGAACGUUGGAGAAAUCCUCAAGGUGCUUGCUUUGCUCAUCAACAGGCCACCGUAAAAGGGAUUGUCCCACAGCCAAGCCUAAAGAUGGAAAUGGCUGGACACAGAAAGGUGACCGGAAGGUCGCUAAGGUCCUCAAUAAGAAAGGGGAGAAGAGCACUGAGAAGGAGAGCCAAAAAGAGUCAACAGUAGUGAAGGAGGCAGCGGAGGAAAAUCCGCAACCGGAAAAAAGAUCUGAGGGUUCCCAGCCCAAGCAGGAAGGUGACUUGGUGCAGAACCUCAACGGUCUGGUUAAGUCCAUGACGUCGAUCAAAUCGGUAUUCAUCAAGACGGUGAAAAUGGACGAGGAGUGCGGAGGAGAGUACGCCUUGCUAGAUGGGGGGGCGACUCACGCUUUGCGACAGGCGAAGAGCUCCGAAGUUCCGCAUCUUUGGCCAGUCCAAGUUGAAAUGGCGAUGGGAAGUGUCACGCUCUAUCGGUGCGCAGCGCACAAUACGCUGUUGGCACUGGAUAACGUGGAACCCAUAAUUCCAUUGCGGCUGCUAGUAGAUCACGGAUUCAAGAUCGACUGGCAGAAGGAUCGCUGUGACAUCUCACACCCGAAACAUGGGAACCUGCAGUGUGUCAGACGCCAAGGGUGUCCAGUGAUGGACAGAAGUGAAGCCUUGAGUCUCUUGGAGUCACUUGAGAAUGGUGGAGUGGGAGACUACUGUGAGCCACCGGCUCAGGAGAUCGAAUGGUGGAAGGAGAAGUAUCCACAGGUCCCUGAGAGAAUCUGGUCUUUGAUGAGGGGCCAAGGGCUGAACUGGGAAGAAAUUGCCUCCCCUUUGCCUUGGAAUAGGGCAAAGCGGAGGAGGUUGGAAAGAGCUCGAGGUGGUGUGGUGAUCCAUCUUUUCUCUGGGUCCGGGGGAGAAUCCAGGAGAUGGCGGGAUCUCACGGGAUCAGACACCGAGGUGCUGACCGUUGACAUCUCAUCGAACGCUCAAGAAGAUCUACACGCCGCUGGGGUGUGGGCGUAUCUGUGGGGAUUGGCUGAAAGGGGCCGGAUCCGGAUGAUAACCGCCGGACCGCCAUGCAGGACAGUGAGUCGUCUUAGGCAUAAGAUCCCAGGUCCUCGCCCUUUGCGUGGCAGAAGGAAUCACAGAUUCGCUUUGGAUGAUCUAACUGAAAGAGAAAUGACAAAGGUGGAUGGAGAUACCGCCCUGUGGUUGAAAACUCUCGGUCUCUAUGAGAAAUCUCAAGAGGGAAUGGUGGCGAAUGGCAUUCUGGGUCAGUGUGGUCUUCUGGUGGAAAGUCCCCAAGAUCCAUGCGAGUAUGUGGAAGAUGGGAAAGAGUAUCCGUCCUUCUGGGAAUGGGAGGAAACAGAAGAUUUCUUGAAACGAAACCCAGACAUGUUCAAGGUCAGGGUGGAUCAAGGGGCUCUAGAGCACCCACGCCCCAAACCCACAACGCUUCUGACCAACAUAGUCCAGCUGAAGGAACUUGAUGGGAUUACCUCGAAGGAAUCUGGAGAGAGUGUGUGCAUGGAUCUCCGGGAGCGGCUGAAGCAGACGGCUUCUUGGUCUGCAUGGGCUCCAGGUCUGAUGGCUGCUCUCAAGAUUGUGAUACCCAAAUUUCUGGCGAGCCAGGCUCAGCAACCGAUGCUGAGCAAGUUGGACUUAGCGGGAUGGAAGAAGCAUCUGCAGGCACAACACGUGCCAUACCGGCGGGACUGUAAGGUCUGCUUGGAAACCAUGGGCUCGGCUGAGCCACAUCGCCGAAAGAGGGGUCAAGAAUCCGCCUUUGUGAUGUCUGUAGACAUCUGUGGUCCGUUCAAAAAGGGCACCGACCUUGGUGUCUCCAAACGCAGAAAGGUAAAGUAUGCCUUGCUGGCGACUAUCCCUGUGCCUCAGUGGCCAAGUCCGGGGGAGAAGGAGGAUUCCACGGCGGCGGUGGAACCUCAAAAGGAAGAAGUUGUUCCCGAAGCUGAGGAAGUGGAAGCCUCUGGGGAGCUUCUCUUGGAUCCAGAGCCCAGGGAUCUGAUCCCAGAGGAAGAAGCCCGGAAGAGAAACCAGGCUUGGGAAGAGUUCGUCAAAAAGGAAGUCAAGGAGAUAUCCAAGGAUGUUCCAGUGGUGAACAUCACCUUCAUGGAGCCACUUGCGUCUCGUCACCAGAAUGAAAUUACAAAGGCACUGUCCAAAGUGCAUGCCCGGGCGAAGAGCCUUGGCAUACCCAUUUACCGUGUGCACUCUGAUCGGGAGCGAUCUUUCACAACCAAUCACGUGGCCAAGUGGUGCGAAAUGCGCCAGGUCCAUCAAACUUUCAAUGCAGGCGAUGAGCCUGAAGCCAAUGGACGAAUUGAAGGGGAAAUCAACCAAUUCAAGCGUCGACUUCGCCUUUUGUUGGCAGAAACGGGAGUGAGUCAUGACUACUGGCCAUGCGCGGCCCGACACGGAGUCGAGGAACGAUUGCGUGCCCAAAUGAGAAAGUUGGGGGCCAAGUGUAAGGAGAUGCCACCCUUUGCUGUGUUGGCUCAGGUUAAGGCCAAACUGUGGCAUCGUCGAAAAGAAGGGGCGUUGUCAUCCCCUUACAAGACGCUUCGAAUUAUGGGCCCUUCACCUCAGAUGACUAACGGUUGGGUUGCUCUUGAUGAAGAAGCCAACCUUGUGCAGCACGCACGGUCCGUGUUCAUUCCUGAUCCUCUUGGAGAAACAGCUCGUUUGGAGCUGGAAACGGUCGAUGAUCCCAAGGAUCCUCCCAAAAGACGUCUCAACGGGAAGCAGCCACUGGUUGUGGAGGUUUCCAAGAUCCCUUUACCACCUCCUCGGGAGGACCGUGAACUUGAGUCCUUGUUGGCUGUGGCCGACGCUGAGGAAGAAGAUGGGUAUGAGCCCUCUAUCUUGUCUGACUCUGAGUUGGUUCCACCUGAGGCAGAAUUGGGAUUGCCAGCUCUCAUGGCCUUACGAGCUGGGGGGGAGUCUCUUGUGGAUGGAACUCAACUUGAAGGUUGGGGGGAGAUCGAAAAGACGGAAGUAGAGGAGUAUGUGAAUGAGCUCCGCUACCAGCACUGGAAUCUGAGAAAACUUCUGCAGGAACAGGUGAAUGCAGUCGCUGGAACAGAAGAAGAAGGUGCGGCGCAAGGACAAGUCGUGCAACACGUGAGUACCCAAGUGAGAUGGCUGGAAAGUGAAUUGGAGCAUUAUUCCCGGAUCGAAGAAGAAGGUGCCAAGGUGGAGGCAUUGGAAGCUGAAGAGUGUGAGAGACAUGCCCGAAUCGCAGCUUUGUCGACGGAUGGCCAACCAGGGGAUGAGAACCAAGGUGUGAGCAGGCCCCCGACGGUCUUGCAAACCUACACAAUCCCCUUGACGAUGGUAAAGCGGGAUAUGGAAUCCUGGAUUGAACCAAUUAAGGCCGAGUACAACCAGCUUGUGUAUGAAAGCCAGGCGGUGAAACCGGUUAAGCUUAGUGAGUUGGAGGCCAUGGAAGGAGCUGAUGCCACCGCCAUUCGAUGCAUGGUCAGAAAGACCGCCAUGAUAGAUGGGUGGGACAUGGGAGUCCUAGAUAUCAAGGGCGCGUUCUUGCUUGCCCCACGCCGAAGGGAGCAGGAGUGCCUGAUGAUGACCAUCCCACCGAAGCUGCUGGUGCAGGCUGGGAUCUGUCCGCCGGAAGAGAGGUGGGUGAUCCAAAAGGCGAUGUACGGCCUGGAGACCAGUCCGGCCGACUGGAGUAGCUUCCGCGACCAAAGGGUCAAGAAAUUUGAGUGGAGCUCAAACGGUAGGUCGUUCUGGAUGCGUCAAACGGUCGAACCAAAUGUCUGGCAACUCGUGUCGAGCGAGGAGCCAGGAAGAGCGGACUCGGAUGAACGGGUAGAAGGUUUUUGUACCUUCUAUGUCGAUGAUGUCCUGGUCUGUGGACCAACCGAAGUAAUCAAGGGAUGUCUGAACCGAAUAAACCAGGAGUGGAACUGCUCCGAAGCGGAGUACCUCUCAGAAAAGGGAAUGUUGAGAUUCUGUGGGAUGGAGUUGAAGCUGCACCCGAGGGGCGGCAUCCUCCUUUCCCAAGAAUCCUACACCAAGGAUCUGUUGGAUCGAUACCCGGAGGUACCAGAAGCGCUGGUACCAAUUGCAAGGACUGAGGAUGUCGAGGAUUCACCACCGGAGCCUGCAGAUGUCAAAAGGGCGCAGACUCUGGUCGGCGAACUUUUGUGGGUAAGCACAAAGACGCGGCCGGACGUGGCAUAUGCAGUGAGUUGGAUGGGUUCCCGAGCAUCCAAAUGUCCGAAGAGGGUUUGCCAACUUGGUAGGCAAACGCUUGGCUACUUAAAGGCCACAGUGGGUCAUGGUCUGCUAUACCAAAAGUGUCAAGAGGCCGACCGUGGGCCGAAUGGGAAUUUGGCAUUCUGCAGGGAUGCCAAUACGUUGGAAGUCCACUCGGAUGCGUCUUUCGGUCCAGGAAGGGAGAGGCUGCGCUCUAGGGCGUUGCACGAAGCGGUACAACAGGAGGUGUGGAAGGUGAAACACAUGGCGGGUGUGGAACUUGCGGCAGAUUUCCUGACGAAGCCAAUCACCGUUGGGGCUACUUGGUCAAGAUUCCGGAGGUUUGCAGGGCUCUACGACAUGGCUGAGCCGGAGGACCUGGAGACCUUGAAGAAGAUUGGAAUCUGUAGAGAAUGGGCUCUGAAGGGGCUGACUGUAGCUGUAGAGCUUGAAAGGUGGAAACCGACCACUGAGGAGCACCACCGGAUUAGGAGGAACUACUGCCCUUCGGGCUGCCCCAGCGUCCGGGCGCUCCGUGCUGAAGCCAUGGCGACCAGCGUUGCUGAUGCUGGUGGCGAGGGUGGAGAUGGUCCUGGUGAUGGUGGAGAUGAUCGUAAGCCGUGGCCGAAGAGCUCCAUGUACGAUGACAUCUACACCGGGGAGAAAAAGAAAAGGAAGAGAAAGAAGAAAAACAAGGCCGCGAAGGCUGAUCAAAGUGAAGAGAAGGGCCCAAGUGCAGAGGCCUUUGAUGAAGAAGAGAAGGAAGAUGAGUGGCCGAGCUGGGAAAACAGAAAGCUUGAGGAGUCCGAGGAAACAGUCGCAGGGGAGCCAGGGCCUGUGACGUUGAUGCAGGCUACUCCGAAGACAGCGACGAGUGCUGCUCCGCUACCAGCUCCUCUACCUCCUCAAGACAACGAACCUACUGGCGAAGAGGUUCCGACUGCGACGGGCAGUCAGCCAGCCUCUUCUCAGGGGCUUGAGAACCCAGAUGGAACCACGUACACUGUCCGUGGUCAUGGUCGCCGCGACAUUGAGUCAGGCUUCUUUUGGGGAGGCGAAAAGAUCGUGGUAUCCUUCGUGAAUGCGGAUGGUGACCUGGAAAUUCGCAGAGGUGACGGUCUGAUCGAGAUCCGUCCCCUUGCUGAGCCAGAAGGAAAAGGGAAAGGAAAGAACGGGCCAGAGGUCAUCAGCUCUGGUGAAGAGACUGAAGAAGCGAACAGCGACCCAACUGGUCCCAAAGGAAAAGGAAAACCCGUUCCCGAACCUCUGCUACCACCGAGUCGAGGCAGCGUGGGUUCUUCAACUGCCAGUGGCGAUGGCCUUGGAUCUUCAACCGACCGACCAGCUCCUAGUGGAGAUCGCCGGCAGUCUUUGGGAAAAGGAAAAGGCCAGGGGAAGACUCCGGGCGCCGCUGAGGAUGACGAGGAUGAUUCCUGGGGAAAAUGGACUUCUCAGGGUUUGCAUGGAGCUGGAGAACCGGAAGGCGAGCCUCCAGCUGAAGACCAUCCACCUGAUGAGGAAGAAAAUGAGGACUAUGACAUCCAUGCGAGAAAGGACCUGGAUGAUGGCUCGGGAACCAAGCGUCCUCCGCCUGAUGGUGGGUCCUACAGCAUGAAGACUAUGCGAGUCACUGUGGAUGCGGCCAUGGCACCGUGGGAACUACCUGAGUUCUCGACGCCUCCGCCGACUGGGAAGAAGGACAGAUGGGAAAGUUCCUGGAUCCAACGUGGAUGGCUUGUUAGAGUCCACAGGGAUCCAAGGAAACGCACUUUCCAGCCCAUCCACCGUGCCUCUCCGGUUGCAGGUGGAGAUCUUCUUCCUCUACGUGUGACUGUGGGCUUCGAGGAGGACACCAACCGCCGCUUUGUCAAGACGGACCGCUGGGAUGUGGAGCCAGUGAACCCCGCUACUUCAAGGUGGACUGGGUGGACCUUCUUCCGCCUCAAGAAUGAAACUGGGACCGUGCAUGAUCGCACUGUGUCUCGGAGCUCUGGUGAUGAUGCUCGUGGAGAAGGGCAUCGUUUUCACCUACCUGAACGUGACGGAGCUGGAGGACCGCAUGAUCGUGGUGAGCUUCAGCCUGCAGUUUUGAGGUUGCCUGAUGGAGCCGAGGGGCAUCUUGGGCUUCUUCCUGACCUACCUGGUGGGGAAGAGAACCGUGUUGAUGUGAGCCGGGCGGCUACGGCGAAGUCCUACGCUCCGCUCCCAACACCAAGAGCACCUGCGGUGAGGCCAAAAGCACAGACUUCAGCUGGUCGACGAGCUCAACCGGUUUUGGCUGAUCUUCAGCGUAGGGAUGGCCUACCUCCUGCCGAAGAGGAACUGAGCGAUGGCGGCAGCUGGAGUGAGGUCUCUGGGGAGACCUGGUGA